AUGGCGGCCGCCAUUCUCGCCUGCAAUAACUUCCCCCAACUCAAACUCCAUUUAUCAUCUCCCUCUCAUUUCAUCGCUCGCGCUUCUCGCUUCCGUGGGAAACCCAAUUUCUCGUCCUUGCCGCACAUGACGAUCAACGGCAUCUCAAAUUCCCAAUACGGUAGGGCAUCCGAAGGUUCUGGAAGCUUCGGGUACGGAGGCGGUAAGAUUUACCGGCGGCUCGGCUCUUGUCUGGUGAUACCUCCGACGAAAGGCAGAAAGCCGAAGGCUCUCGUCAAAUUUUUGGGCGGCGCUUUCAUCGGCGCCGUGCCCGAAGUUACGUACAGUUAUCUGCUGGGGCUGUUGGCGGAGGAAGGUUAUUUGAUUAUAUCUGUUCCCUACAAUGUCACUUUUGAUCAUGAACAAGUUACAAGGGAGAUCUACCAGCGUUUCCAUACUUGUUUGGAUUCGAUUUUGAGCACUGGAUUGCCUGAUUGUGGGAUUUCAGCUGCUGAUAUAGCUGAUCUCCCGUUUUAUUCCGUUGGGCAUAGCAAUGGCGCACUUCUUCAAGUGCUUACGGGUAGUUAUUUCUGCGAGAAGAUUCCUAAGGCCAAUGCAAUCAUAUCGUAUAACAACAAGUCAGCAUCAGAAGCAGUUCCUUAUUUUGAGCAGUUGGGGCCUGUAGUCAAGCAAAUGAUGCCGGUGAUUGAGACAUCUCCUAUGUAUUCAGUGGCUCAAAGUUUCUCAGAUGGUUGGAAAACUCUAAUAGACUUAGCUGAAAGAGUAGUUCCUGACUAUGAUCCUGAAUCUACCGUGUCAUUGACCAAGUUUGUCGAUCAGCUGCCCUCAGUAUUUAAUCAGGUUGCUCAAGGGACUUCUGAGUUCAAGCCGGCUCCUGCAGAGAAUCUCGACUGUUUCAAGAAGUUAUAUAACAUUCAACACACGCUACUGGUUAAGUUUGACACGGACGCAAUUGACGAGACUGAUCUCCUAGAAGAGACCCUAAAACCCCGUGUUGAGUCUUUUGGUGGAAAACUAGAGAAGGUCGUUCUACGUGGUACCCAUAUAACUCCAUGUAUACAGGAGCCAAAGUGGCAAGUAGGGGAGGUGUACACGCCAGCGGACGCGAUUGCUCAAGGGCUUAAAGCUAUAUCCCUUAAUGAGAUCAGAGUCCUGUCUAGAACAAUCACUAACUUCUUCUGCAGCCUUGAAUAAUAACUCACUGUAAAUAUAGGAUUGAUUUGUGUAGAAGACAUUCUAUCAACAUAUAUUCAUUCAUCUACAGGAAAGAGAAAAAUUCACCACUUGCUGAUAUGCUUAUGAUGGCAAGGGCUGCUUUGGUGUAUUAUACUUCUCUUUUUAUUCUUUAAAUCUCAUGUGCUCUGUGUUCAAGCAA